AAAGAAAAAAAAUCCCAAAAACAUGAAAAGGAAACAAAUGUGACGUGACGUAACGUAGAUCUCCACAUACUCCAAUCGUUUUGCAUGGAGCAUGCAUGUGUACCUUGCACGUUAUAGACUACACAACUCCUUCAUAAAAUCCCCCUCCCUUCCCAUCACCAAACAGCAACCAUCCAAUCAGAAACACAUGAGGGAAGAAGAACAUCAAAACGAAUUAGUUCAAACUCCAUCACAGAGAGCGGAAAAUUGCUUCCGUUGCAAUGUGUUCGCGUUUCUCACCCCACUCUUGGAGGUUAUCAAGGUGGUUGCUGCUCCCGUUGCCUCCGUGAUCUUUAUAGGCUUCGCCGGGAUAAUACUCGCCGGUUUAGCCGUGGCAUUAGCCGUAUCCGCACCGCUUCUCAUCAUAUUCAGUCCGGUUCUGGUACCUGCUGCCACUAUAGCCACUACUCUCGGCACAGGUGUCGCCUUCGCAGUGACGUCCGUGGCUCUCAUUAUAUGGCUCACCAAGCAUAGGAUGGGAGUAAAGCCCGAGCAUAAUCCACCUCCACGAGGAGCUCCACCGACCAGAUCUAGUUCAUCAAGGACCGGAUCUAGUUCAUCAAGAAGUAAAGGUAAACACUUGGUUAAAGAUAUAUUGAAAAAAAUAAUUAAAUCUAAAAUUAAAAGCAUAUUGAAAGGGAAAAACAGUUCAUCAGUAAAAGAAGAUUCGUCUAUGAAUAGAAUUAAAUCAACUGAAAAAUCACAUGGCAAUUCAUCUGAUGGUCAAAAAUCGCCAGUAAAUAAAAUUUCACCUAAUCGUGAAAAUUCAUGUACAUGUGAAAGUUUACCGAAAAAUGAAAGUAAACAUGCGGGUAAAAAUCCACCAAUGAGUGAAAGUUCAUCAAGCGCUGGAAGUUCAUCUAGAGGUGGAAAUUCACCUGGCGAAAAAAAAACACCCAAAAAUGAAAGUAAACACAAGGGUAAAAAUACUAAAGUAAAAUCUAAAACUAAAAGUAAACUAAAAAAUAAAAUUGGUUCAUCUGGUGGUGAAAGUUCACCAAGCGGGGAAAUUUCACCUGGUAGUGGAAAUUCAUCGAGCAAUACAAGUUCACCUAAAGACGUAAGUAAACACAAUGGUAAAAAAAAUAUCAUAGAUAAAGUUAAAUCAAAGAUUAAAAGUAAACUAAAUGGUAAGAAUAGUUCAUCCGGUGGCGGAGGCUCACAAAGGAGCGAAGGUUCACCAAGCGGUAUAAAUACACCAGUUAGUGGAAAUUCAUCGAACAGUGCAAAUUCACCCAAAAAUACAGGAAAACAUAAGAAUAAAAGCACUAUUGUAGAUAAACUUAAAUCCAAGAUUAAAAGUAAAUUGAAAGGAAAGAGUGGUCCACCUAGUGGUGGAAGCUCAUCAAUGAGUCGAGGUUCACCAAGCGGUGGCAGUUUACCUGGCCAAGAAAAUUUAUCUAGCGGUGGAAGUUCACCCAAGGAUGGAGGUAAAAAAAGUAUUAUAGAUAAAGUUAAAUCAAAGAUUAAAAGUAAACUAAAAGGUAAGAAUAGUUCAUCCGGUGGCGGAAGCUCACAAAUGAGUGAAAGUUCACCAAGCGGUGAAAGUUCACCUGUCAGUGGAAAUUUAUCGAGCGGUGCGAGUUCACCCAAAAAUAAAAAUAAACACAAGGGUAAAAGCACUAUUGUAGAUAAACUUAAGUCCAAGAUUAAAAGUAAAUUGAAAGGAAAGAAUAGUCCAUCUAGUGGUGGAAGCUCAUCGAAGAGUGGAGGUUCACCAAGCGGUAGCAGUUCACCUGGCCAAGAAAAUUCUUCUAGCGGUGCAAGUUCACCCAAGGAUUCAGGUAAACCCAAGAGUAAAAGCACUAUUUUAGAUAAAGUUAAAUCAAAGAUUAAAAGUAAAUUGAAAGGUAAGAGCGGUUCAUCCGAUGGUGGAAGCUCACCGAUGAGUGGAGGUUCACCUAACAGUGGUAGUUCACCUGGCCAUGGAAAUUCAUCUAGCGGUGAAAAUUCGCCCAAGAAUGGAGGUAAAAUCAAGGGUAAAAGCACUAUCUUAGAUAAAGUAAAAUCAAAGAUUAAAAGUAAAUUAAAAGGUAAGAGCGGUUCAUACGAUGGUGGAAGCUCACCAAUGAGUGAAAGUUCGCCAAGCGGUAGAAGUUCAGCUAGCAGUGAAAGUUCACCUAGCGGUGGAAAUACACCUAAAAAUGAAAGUAAACACAAGGGUAAAAAUACUAUUCUUGAUAAAUUAAAAUCCAAGAUUAAAAGUAAACUAAAAGAUAAGAGUGGUUCAUCUGGUGGUGGAAGUUCACCAAGCGGCGGAAAUUCACCUGGUAGUGGAAAUUCACCGAGCAGUGCAAGUUCACCUAAGGAUGUAAGUAAACACAAGGGUAAAAAAAAUAUCAUAGACAAGGUUAAAUCAAAGAUUAAAGGUAAAAUAAAAGGUAAGAAUAGUUCAUCCGGUGGUGGAAACUCACAAAUGAGUGAAGGUUCACCAAGCGGUGGAAAUUCAUCAAGCGGUGCAAGUUCACCCAAAAAUGCAGGAAAACACAAGGAUAAAAGCACUAUUGUAGAUAAAAUUAAAUCCAAGAUUAAAAGUAAAUUGAAAGGAAAGAGUGGUCCAUCUAGUGGUGGAAGCUCACCAAUGAGUGGAGGUUCACCAAGCGGUGGUAGUUCACCUGGCCAAGAAAAUUCAUCUAGCGUUGCAAAUUCACCCAAGAAUGGAGCUAAACCCAAGGGUAAAAGCACUAUCUUAGAUAAAGUUAAAUCAAAGAUUAAAAGUAAAUUGAAAGGUAAGAGCGGUUCAUCCGAUGGUGUAAGCUCACCGAUGAGUGGAGGUUCACCUAGCGGUGGUAGUGCACCUGGCCAUGGAAAUUCAUCUAGCGGUGAAAGUUCACCCAAGAAUGGAGGUAAAACCAAGGGUAAAAGUACUAUCUUAGAUAAAGUUAAAUCAAAGAUUAAAAGUAAAUUGAAAGGUAAGAGCAGUUCAUCCGAUGGUGGAGGUUCACCGAUGAGUGGAGGUUCACCUAGCGGUGGCAGUGCACCUGGCCAUGGAAAUUCAUCUAGCGGUGAAAGUUCACCCAAGAAUGGACGUAAACCUAAGGGUAAAAGCACUAUCUUAGAUAAAGUUAAGUCAAAGAUUAAAAGUAAAUUGAAAGGUAAAAACGGUUCAUCUGAUGGUAAAAGUUCACCAAGCGGUGAAAGUUCAGCUAGCAGUGGAAGUUCACCUAGCGGUGGAAGUACACCCAAAAAUGAAAGUAAACACAAGGGUAAAAGCACUAUUCUUGAUAAAGUAAAAUCUAAAAUUAAAAGUAAACUAAAAAAUAAGAGUGGUUCAUCUGGUGGUGGAAGUUCACCAAGCGAUGAAAAUUCACAUGGUAGUGGAAAUUCAUCAAGCAGUGCAAGUUCAACUAAGGACGUAAGUAAACACAAGGGUAAGAAAAGUAUCAUAGAUAAAGUUAAAUCAAAGAUUAAAAGUAAACUAAAAGGUAAGAAUAAUUCAUCCGGUGGCGGAAGCUCACAAAUAAGUGAAACUUCACCAAGCGGUGGAAGUUCACCUGUCAGUAGAAAUUCAUCGAGCGGUGCGAGUUCACCCAAAAAUAAAGGUAAAGACAAGGUUAAAAGAACUAUUGUAGAUAAAAUUAAAUCCAAGAUUAAAAGUAAAUUGAAAGGAAAUAGUAGUCCAUCUAGUGGUGGAAGCUCAUCGAUGAGUGGAGGUUCACCUAGCGGUGGCAGUUCACCUGGCCAAGAAAAUUCAUCUAGCAGUGCAAGUUCACCCAAUGAUGGAGGUAAACCGAAGAGUAAAAACACUAUUUUAGAUAAAGUUAAAUCAAAGAUUAAAAGUAAAUUGAAAGCUAAGAGUGGUUCAUCCGAUGGUGGAAGCUCACCGAUGAGUGGAGGUUCAUCUAGCAGUGGCACUUCACCUGGCCAUGGAAAUUCAUCUAGCGGUGAAAGUUCGCCCAAGAAUGGAGGUAAAACCAAGGGUAAAAGCACUAUCUUAGAUAAAGUUAAAUCAAAGAUUAAAAGUAAAUUGAAAGGUAAGAGCGGUUCAUCCGAUGGUGGAAGCUCAGCAAUGAGUGAAAGUUCACCAAGCGGUGGAAGUUCAGCUAGCAGUGGAAGUUCACCUGGCGGUGGAAGUAUACCCAAAAAUAAAAGUAAACACAAGGGUAAAAGCACUAUUCUUGAUAAACUAAAAUCCAAGAUUAAAAGUAAACUAAAAGAUAAGAGUGGUUCAUCUGGUGGUAGAAGUUCACCAAGCAGUGGAAAUUCACCUGGUAGUGGAAAUUCAUCGAGCAGUGCAAGGUCACCUAAGGACGCAAGUAAACACAAGGUUAAAAAAAGUAUCAUAGAUAAGGUUAAAUCAAAGAUUAAAGGUAAACUAAAAGGUAAGAAUAGUUCAUCCGGUGGCGGAAACUCACAAAUGAGUGAAGGAUCACCAAGCGGUGAAAAUUCACCUGUUAGUGGAAAUUCAUCAAGCGGUGCAAGUUCACCUAAAAAUGCAGGAAAACACAAGGGUAAAAGCACUAUUGUAGACAAACUUAAAUCCAAGAUUAAAAGUAAAUUGAAACGAAAGAGUGGUCAAUCUAGUGGUGGGAGCUCACCAAUGAGUGGAGGUUCACCAAGCGGUGGUAGUUCACCUGGCCAAGAAAAUUCAUCUAGCGGUGCAAAUUCACCCAAGGAUGGAGGUAAACCUAAGGGUAAAAGCACUAUCUUAGAUAAAUUUAAAUCAAAGAUUAAAAGUAAAUUGAAAGGUAAGAGCGGUUCAUCCGAUGGUGGAAGCUCACCGAUGAGUGGAGGUUCACCUAGCGGUGGUAGUGCACCUGGCCAUGGAAAUUCAUCUAGCGGUGAAAGUUCACCCAAGAAUGGAGGUAAAACCAAGGGUAAAAGCACUAUCUUAGAUAAAGUUAAAUCAAAGAUUAAAAGUAAAUUGAAAGGUAAGAGCAGUUCAUCUGAUGGUGGAGGUUCACCGAUGAGUGGAGGUUCACCUAGCGGUGGCAGUGCACCUGGCCAUGGAAAUUCAUCUAGCGGUGAAAGUUCACCCAAGAAUGGAGGUAAACCUAAGGGUAAAAGCACUAUCUUAGAUAAAGUUAAGUCAAAGAUUAAAAGUAAAUUGAAAGGUAAAAACGGUUCAUCUGAUGGUGAAAGUUCACCAAGCGGUGAAAGUUCAGCUAGCAGUGGAAGUUCACCUAGCGGUGGAAGUACACCCAAAAAUGAAAGUAAACACAUGGGUAAAAGCACUAUUCUUGAUAAAGUAAAAUCCAAAAUUAAAAGUAAACUAAAAGAUAAGAGUGGUUCAUCUGGUGGUGGAAGUUCACCAAGCGAUGAAAAUUCACCUGGUAGUGGAAAUUCAUCGAGCAGUGCAAGUUCAACUAAGGACGUAAGUAAACACAAGGGUAAGAAAAGUAUCAUAGAUAAAGUUAAAUCAAAGAUUAAAAGUAAACUAAAAGGUAAGAAUAGUUCAUCCGGUGGCGGAAGCUCACAAAUAAGUGAAACUUCACCAAGCGGUGGAAGUUCACCUGUCAGUGAAAAUUCAUCGAGCGGUGCGAGUUCACCCAAAAAUAAAGGUAAAGACAAGGGUAAAAGCACUAUUGUAGAUAAAAUUAAAUCCAAGAUUAAAAGUAAAUUGAAAGGAAAUAGUAGUCCAUCUAGUGGUGGAAGCUCACCGAUGAGUGGAGGUUCACCUAGCGAUGGCAGUUCACCUAGCGGUGGCAGUUCACCUGGCCAAGAAAAUUCAUCUAGCGGUGCAAGUUCACCCAAGGAUGGAGGUAAACCCAAGAGUAAAAACACUAUCUUAGAUAAAGUUAAAUCAAAGAUUAAAAGUAAAUUGAAAGCUAAGAGCGGUUCAUCCGAUGGUGGAAGCUCACCGAUGAGUGGAGGUUCACCUAGCGGGGGCAGUUCACCUGGCCAUGAAAAUUCAUCUAGCGGUGAAAAUUCACCCAAAGAUAGAGUUAAACCUAAGGGUAAAAGCACUAUCUUAAAUAAACUUAAAUCUAAGAUUAAAAAUAAAUUGAAAGAUAAGAGCGGUUCAUCCGAUGGUAAAAGUUCACCAAGCGGUAGUAGUUCAGCUGGCUAUGAAAAUUCUUCUAGCGGUAUAAAUUCACCCAAGGAUGGAGGUAAACACAAAGGUAAAAACAAAAUCCUCGAUAAAUCUAUAAGUGGUUCAUCAAAGAAUAAAAGUUCAUCCAAAAAUAAAAGAAAAUCAGAUGGAAAAGCACAUGAUGUUUCAUCAGAUGGUGAAGGCUUACCUAUAAGUGGCGGUUCACCAAAAGGUGAAAGUUCACCUAGCAGUAACAAUGUAUCUAGCAGUACAAGUUCUCCUAAAGAUAUAAAUAAAAACAUGGAUAAGGAAAGCCCCAAAGAUAAAAGCAAAUCUAAAACUAAAAGUAAGUUCAGUGGUAAUAGUGGUUCAUCAAUUGAUGGAGGUUCAUCCAAUGAAGAUAAAUCAAGUGGAAAAGCAUAUGAUGAUUCAUCUAAUAAAGGAAAUUCACCAAUGAGUGGAGGUUCUCCAGAUGGUGGAAAUUCAUCGGUCGGUGAAAGUUCACGCAAAGAUAAAGAUAAAGAUAUGGGUGAAAGAAAAUUCAAAGAAAAAAUUAAAUCCAAGAUUAAAAAUAAAUUUCAAGAUAAAAAUGGAAGUUCAUUUGAUGGUGAAAGUUCACCGAUGAGUACGAAUUCACCAAGCAGAGACAAUUCAUUUAGUGGUGGAACUUCACCUAGAAGUAAAGGUAAAUUCACGGUUAAAAAAAAAUUCAGACACGAAAGAAAAUCUAAGAUUGAAAAACAGUUUGAAAGUCAAAAUGGUUCAUCAAUGAGUAGAAGCUCAUCCAAAAAUGAAAGCAGAUCAUAUGGAGAAUCAUCUAUGCGUUCAUUCAGUGAUUGAAAUUCACCUAUAAUGGAAGUUCAUCAGGUAGAAAAAGUUCACUCAGACAUAAGAAUGAACACAUAGAUACAAAUAAAUAAUAGAUAAAAUUAAAUCCAAAUACUAGAAAUAAAUUUGGUUGUCAUUGUGAUUCGUCGAUGGAUAGAGAUUUACCAUAUGGUGGAAGUUAACACAAUGAAAAAGUUCAAUUAACUAUAAAAAAUAUAUCAAAAUGAAUGUAGACAAGAGUAAAUAUAAAUUUAUAAAAAAAAAA